AUGCGAUCACGAACAGGAUGCUUGACCUGCCGUCACAGGAAGCUGAAGUGUGAUGAGAAGAAACCAAUUUGCGGCCAAUGCUGCAAGGCUUCAAGGGAAUGUGUCCCAAGCUCCGGCCUUGUGUUUCGGCACCAGCACAAUGCCUCAAUGAACGGCGAUGACUCCCCGGAUGAGAACACGCUGAAGGGCUUUUAUGCGUACAAGAACACCUUCGACGACGAGACUGUGUGGCUCGACAUCCCCAAGCAAGUCACGUUCAUCAACACCUCGAAUCCAUAUCUGGACCCUCUUACCCCAGACUAUGACAACAUGUCUGCUACUUCAAUAGACUCUCCGGGCUCGUUUGAGCCUCGACUGAACACCUCCUGGCCUACGAGCACGCCAUCCAGCACUUGUCUUGAUCCACUUCCACUUCCAGUCACAAGUGGGAACCUCCCAUUUCAUCUAUCUGACACUACUUCACAACCUGAUACCUCUCCUUCUCUAGAAAGGAGCUCAAUACUUCAGUCACCACCGACCUCCUCGACCGGGACGCCAAUUUCGACUCCGGUAUCGGUCAGCAAUCACCAUCUCCACUCAAUUAUUCAUCAGUCGAUGACUCCUCCACCCAUCGAACCUGGACUGAAUUCUCCUUUUGAUUCAGCACAGGGCCAUAUUCCCCGUUCAAUAUCGUCCUCUCGGCCGUCAUGUGCCGGAAUCGACACCAUGGCAGAGCAAGACCACGAGAUAGCUUUCCUUCUUCGUUGGUUCUCUGAAGGGCCUGGGUACUGGAUGGACCUUUUCGACCUAGGUACAUACUUUGCUUCAUACGUUCCGGUGAAAGCAUGUGAAAACGCGCUCCUCAAGUAUGCAGCUGUCGCCUAUGCUGCCAAAGCUCUUGCACGUGUGCAAGGGAGAAAGCCUAUUAUGGGCGGUAGUGUGACACGCCAGGCACUGAUGGAACUCUAUCCAGAAACCCACUCUGUCGAUUGGUACCACAAAGCUACUCAAUACUAUGAUACUGCCGUCUCUCUCUUGCUUCAAGCUCUGAAGAAUGAUGCCACCAUCACCCCCGAUUCAGAAUCAGACUGUGAGCCAAGGUUGCAUGGUCUUGACACGACACGCAAUGACCACAUUCCAGUAUGCAAGCGCCGUCGCACAUCUAGUAGUACAACCUCCAAAUCCAAUACCGACGAACUCCUCGCUGCAACGGCUAUCUUGUGCGUCUACGAGUUCUUAGAUGCAUCAGUUCCGGAGUGGGCAAAGCACUUGAACGGUGCGAAGUCUCUGCUGGUCAUUGCACAGGAGCGCAUGAUGCCUUUGCAGAUGCCUUCGCCGGGUUCGACAUUCUCUUCUACCAACCUGGGAUAUAUAUCUAAGGCCCGACGGGCCACUUUCUGGAACAUUGCACGGCAGGACAUGUUAGCAGCUUUCAUCAACAAGAACCACACGCGUCUAGAUACAGAAGACCUGUCACUCUGGAAGGAGGCUGGCCUCCUGAUCGACGAGAAUGGAUUCAUACUCCCUAGUAAUACCACCGAAAGCGGCUACCCCGAAGGUGACGGGAUGAUGAAAGAAGACCUCAUCUGCAACGCCCUUGUAUGGCUCAUGGCCAAGCUCGUGAACUUCAUGGCUGCUGGUGACGACCUACCGGUAGAGCUUGGAGGGUCCUGGGCGGGUGUCCCACAACGGACAUUGCUGGAUUACUGGUACCAUCUUAAGCAACAAUUCCAGACAUGGUACGAGGGUCUCCCCGUCACUUUCAGGGCUUCUGCCAGGAUUGAACCUAACCGCAUACCUGGACGACUGCUUCAAGACGGCAAUGAACCACUAUUCCCUGAAAUCUGGUACAGCAUUCCUAUGUGUGCUUCGACCAUGCAAUGCUAUCACAUGGGUCAGAUCCAGUUGCUCAUGAACAAGCCGCAUGAAUCGACCCAGGGCCGCACAACAGUCUUUGCGCGGAUGAACUCGUACCAUUCCGUCCUUGCCGCCUCCCAAGUCCACAGCCGCGAGAUUGUUGGUAUUUCUCUAGCCCGUUCGGAUGAAGCUGUGCGAAUUCACUCCGUGCAGCCUCUCUACACUGCCGCUCAAUGUCUCCAUGAUCCGAAGGAGCGCAAUGUGGUCUUGAAUCUCCUCCGUGACAUCGAGACGGACAUUGGCUGGGCUACCGACUAUAGAGUGAGACAGCUUGUCCAGCAAUGGCAAUGGGAGGAACAUGAAGAGCCGCAUGUUCCUUGA